UUUCAUUAACAGGUCAUGCAAUUGUGACUCUUGUGUGUAAUUUGUGGAAAUUGAGCUAGCAUAAUGUCUGCAGGAUUUCAAGAGACAUCAGAUACUGUACAUGAUUUAAUCCAGAAGAGUGAAUUAAUCAGUGAAGGUCCACCUAAACGAUUUCAUCUCAUCACUACAAGAAGUAAUCUUGGUGAAAACGGCUCAGUGAGAAAAUGGACAUUUGGACAGAGAGACAUCAAUAUGCAAAACAAAAUCCUACUGAUGGUAGGAGAAACUGGAACAGGCAAAACUACUCUGAUUAAUGCCAUGACUAAUUAUAUACUCGGGGUGACGUUUACAGAUGAAGUGUGGUUUGAGAUCACAGAGGAGGGAGAAGAGAAUCAGUCAGAUCAGUCAAAAAGUCAAACAACUAAAGUCACAGUGUAUGAGGUGUUUGCCCAGAACAACCCAAUCUGUCUGACCAUCAUUGACACUCCAGGUUAUGGAGACACCAGGGGAACAGAAUAUGACAAACAGAUAGCCGAGAAUCUGUACAAACUGUAUCACAGUGAUGGUGGAGUGAAUGAAAUUGAUGCAGUGUGUCUGGUAGUGAAGGCAUCUGAGAAUCGACUCUCUGACAGGCAGCAUUACAUCUUUGAUGCAGUUUUGUCCUUAUUUGGUAAAGACAUAGAGAACAACAUUGUGAUGUUUAUCACUUACUCGGAUGGACUGCCUCCAGACGAUGCUCUUAAUGCCAUCAAGAAAGCAGGGAUUCCUUGCAGGAAAGAUGAAGAUAAUGAACCUGAGCAUUUCUUAUUUAACAAUUGCCAAACUAAGAAGAGGAGCAACAAGUAUAAGAAAGAUUUCCAGAGAGCUUGGGAUCUAACAGAGAACACUUUAAAUGAUUUCUUUGCUUCACUGAUCGAACAGAACAGAAAAAGUUUAGUGCAGACUGAAAGUGUUCUGACUGAAUCCAAACGACUUGAAGCCUGUAUUUUUAAUCUACAAGCCCGUAUUGAGUUUAUAGAGUGCAAGAGUAAAGAACUGACUGAGAUUCAGAAAGCUCUUGAGGAAAACCAAGAAAAGAUCAAGAGAAAUGAAAACUUUACUUUUACAGUCACCAAAUAUUACAAAGAAAAAGGUCCCAUUGAAGAUGCUUCAUGGAGGAACAGAAAGGUGACCAGUUGCUCUGUCUGUAAGGAGAACUGUCAUGAGUACAAUUGCUGGUGUGCCCUGGAUGCCAGGUUGUGUAAAGUCAUAAAAAAAGGCUACUGCACUGUAUGUACAAGGAAAUGUCACUAUACUAAACAUGGCAGAGAGAACAAGAAAUAUGUUAGACACAGUGAAACCAGCAACAUGACAUUUGAUGAACUUAAAAAACAAUAUGAUGGUCUCAGUAAUCCAGAAUCAGAUACCAAGUUUGACGCUGAGUCCUUUGAGAAUGUAAAAAGAGAGUUUGAAAGCAACAAGAGACAGGAACAGGAGACAACUGGCAUAGAGAAGAGACUGCAAAAAGAAGUGACUGAGAAAGAAAAAGAAAAAGCUGAGCUGGUAGAAGUAACCUACAACACCAUUAUGAAACUGUCAGAGAUUGCUCUGAAGCCAGACUCUGCUUUCAUUGUUCAGUCUCUUGACUUCUUGAUCCCUCGAGCUGAGGAAACUGGAAGAAAUAUUCUUGCUAAGAAACUAAGAGAGCUAAGGAAGAUUCAGCCUGAAUCAGAGGAAAGAUUUCACGCUGCAAUUGAGUAUGCAAGAAUAGGUUUAAAUAAAUUAAAAUUUUUUAUUAGUGGUAAAUAAAUCAGUUGAGGAGAUUAAAUAUGUUCAUGUAAUGACAUAAUACAUAUGGAAUAAUGAACAUGUCUGCAUCAAGAAAGCAAAAUUUUCUUUGGUUAAUAAAAUACAUUGUGUUUAUUCAGUAAUGUUUCGGUAAGAUUUAAUAUUUCACAUUGAAUUGCUAACCAUUUAAGAUUUAAUGUUUUUUGAUCAUAAUAAUAACUAUUAUUAUUAUUUUUAUUCUUGCUUAUUCUUACUUAGACUUAACAGAUCCAAAUGCAGGGAUAAAUAUGAACCAUGAUUUAUUAGACAAGAACAUAAAAAAGAUGACUUAAACUGAACAAAUAUAAUAGAAACCAAAACAAUAACACUUAGAAACUACAUGACAUGACUAAGACAAAACAAAGUUACUACAAACAUAGAAACAACACAUAACACGACAGCAGACAAUGACACUCAUAGCGCCUGUUGUGAACAAUGAAUCGACAAACAAGUGACCCACAAUGAAGGGUAGAAGGGUAUAAGGGUAUAGGUAUAAGGAGCAAUGGGGACAGUUGAAUUCAUACAGUACAAGACGUAAUCACAUGAAGAUAACAAUACACCUGCUAGCGCCCCCCAGUGCUCCAGCAGGGCAUAGUCCCAGUCUCUGACAAUACUACUUGUGAAGCUGUACUGUUCAUGGAUAGAUGUUCAUUCUUUUCUUCAUGUAUUUGUGUAAUUUUGUGUUCUCUGUGUAUCUGUUUAUCUGGCUUUCUUAUUAAAUAUCUGGUAACUGUA